GGGGCGUCAGCGUGCAGCGACAUCAAGGGGACGCUACAUCGACGGUGCGGCACAGUCAGAUGACAUCGAGGAUCGAGGUCACGACUUGUUGGAUCCUCGUGGGGGGGGCGAUGACAAGUGCAGGGAGCAGCGGUGCGGGGGGGUCUGGGGGUGCCCAAUUCGACCCGCUGUCCGAGAAGGAGAUGGCAAAGUUGAGGCGAGGGAACAUUGUUUGGAACUACAUCACCGCGGGCCAAUACGUCGGGGACCAGUCGAAGAUGCACGGGGACCGAAAGUUGUGUUGCAACUUAUGCGGCCACCUGUUUCAGGGGGGAUCGCCGAAGGCCGCGCGUCAUUUUACGCAGUUGAAGUUCUGCAAGGCUGGGGAGAUGAGAGUUCUCGUGAAACUCUGGAACCGCACGGACUACACGUUUGUGUCGUCCACUGCUCAGCGCGUGCAGAGGUGGAUGGCAGACGAGGGCAUACGGGACACGAGAGUGCCCGCGGGUGGCCAGAGACAGCGGAUGGACGACGCAGAGAGGGACGACAUUCAGGACGCCAUCGAUGAGGAGGAGGGCCACGAGGGUGGGGCGAGGGAGGGGGCGGUUGCAGACGAGGCAAACGAGGCAGUCGGAGAGCCUAACCUGCUAGGGGAGGAGGUGGUGAUGACCUGGGAAACCAACAACGGGGGUAGAGAGCUCAUCAGCACACUCUACAGACGGAGAGGCCUAACAUAAUGGAAGCUGCAAAUGGACGUUGCCCCUGAGCUAGAAAAAGCGCAGUACCAGUUCUUUUAUGAAAAAGCAUUGAAGAGGGAAGAGGAAGAGAAGGAGAAGGAGAAGGAGAGGGGUGACAAAGUAAAGGCUCAUGAAGCCGUUCUUAGUGGAUGCAAGGUUUUCAGCAAGAUCGAUCUCAAGUCUGGCUACUACCCAAUUGAAGUCGACCCUGCAGAUCAGGAUAAAACUGCAUUCAAAACUCGCGAUAGGUUGGUCGACUUCAAUCUGGUGGUAGCCAGACUUGAGAUUGAUCUUGCUGAAGACUUUGCACCCACCUGCAACAUCAAGCAAAUCAUCGAUACGUGGCAAAAGAUACGCAUUCUUUCUUGUGAUCCGAGUCAAUCCGCGCCCGCGGGGGAGGGCGACAAAGAAGAGGCCCUGGCUGAGGAAGAGGAGGCCGCGGGCGUGGAGGAAGAGGAUUUGGCAUCUAGAGGGGUUGUGGCGAAGGAAGCUCCUACGUGGGAGGAAGGGGCAAUGGUCCCUCGCAAGGUGGCCGAGGUUUCAACUCCACUUGGGGUAGAGGACGAGGCACAUGGCAUGGGAAUUGGGAUAAACCAUAUCCACCCCAUCCUGGUUUGUCGGAAGGCAGACCUUGGGAAAAGUCGGGGAUUACAGAUAAAGUCUGGCAAGAAGGAAAACUGCCGACCAGUGCCUUGAAUGUGGUGACCCCAACCACAUUGUUCCCUAUUGCCCAGAUUAUAAGGGACAGUAAGUGAAACUCACUCCCAUGCAUGAAAAUACAAAAGUGAAAAUUGACGAUUUACUGCGGAGUGAAGGAAUAGAUAAAACAAGCGAGAUGAA